AUGCCGAACAAGAUCGGGGGAAAGUUCCUGUUUGAUUUUGGGGCAUCAUUUUAUUUUUCAAUAUUUUGCCCAGUGUCCUUGUCAGGAUCCCUGGCAUUGAAGGAAACACACACACACACACACACACAUCCUUCGAUUUCGGUUCUUCUGCCUGCGUAUAGACAGGGGUAUAUACCGCCAGACCGCGUGCAGCAGAGAACUGUUUUGGUGAGAUCCAGGAGGGGAGGGGCCGGGGUCCAGGGGAACAACGUCAUCUUGACUCUGCUGGGCCCGAGAACCCGAGAACGAAACUGCAUGUCCUUGCUUGGGGGAGACCGCGGGCCAUGUCAUGCAGGUGCAAAGUCAGUGUACGGAUACAAGCCCCUGAUCGCGGCCAAGCCUGUCUUGACGCCGAACAUCGCGGACGGCAACAUGUAUCUCGCGGCAAAAGACGACAUUCUUUCCCAAGUGUGGAAGGCUGUCGAGACGACCUCUGGCAGGCUGCGCCUGACGUGGGAGAUCGUGCUGCAGGACAGCCAGCUGGCACCAAGGUCGUUGCUGCUGAUGAACACGAAGCAAAUAAACAUUCCUGGCCAAGGGCACGUCCAGCUCUGA